AUGGCGCUCUCGCAGACGCUACUUGUCUACGUGUUCCUGUGCGUGCACCUCGGCGUCUCCUCCCAGCAUUACCUACGCCUCCGUCCAUCGCCCAGUGACCACCUGCCAGUGCCGGACCUCAAGGAGGACCCGGACCCGGAGUACGACCCGCGGGAGCAGGACCUGGUGGAGAGGACUUUGAGGAAAAAGCUGGGCAGCAACUUUGACCCUCACUUCAUGUCCAUCAGCUCGCCCAUGCUGGUGAACCUGUCGGACACGCACAUAAAGCCACACGGGCCCAUGCCCAACGAGAUUAGAAAGCUGGACCUCACUGAAACCCCGUACGGGAAACGGGUGAAGGUGGGGAAGAAGGCGAGAAGGAAAUUCCUGCAGUGGCUGUGGACCUAUACGCACUGCCCCGUGGUGUACACUUGGAAGGAUUUGGGCGUGAGGUUCUGGCCCCGGUACAUCAAAGAGGGGAACUGUUUCUCGGAGCGCUCAUGCUCCUUCCCAGAGGGCAUGUCUUGUAAACCUGUCAAGUCAAUCAAUAAGAUUUUUCUACGAUGGUACUGUCAGGGCUUCCUCAAACAGAAGUACUGCACGUGGAUACAGGUGCAAUACCCAAUCAUCUCAGAGUGCAAAUGCUCGUGCUAA